AUGUCUCAAACAGAUCGCAAUUACAAAAGGAAAACAGAUCGUGGAAAAUGGUCUGUACAAGACAUGCUAGAAGCAAUACAAAAAGUCCGAGAUAAUGAGUUAUCUGUAAGACAGGCGGCAGAACAGUAUAAUAUACCAAAAAAUACACUGCAAAGAAGAGUGAAGAACCGCAAUAAAAUUGUGACAGAAAAUGAAAAAUAUCUUGGACGAUUCCGGAAAGUAUUAUCUGAUGAACAGGAAAACGAGAUUAUAGAAUAUAUUUUUGAAAUGGAAAAGCGUUUUUUUGGGAUCACUUAUAAAGAGCUUCGACAUCUGGCAUUUGAUUUUGCCCAUGCCAAUAAUAUUCCUACUACUUUUAAUAAAAAUACUAGAAUGGCAUCUAAGAAAUGGAUAUAUGGAUUUUUAAGUAGACAUAGGAAUGUUUCCUUAAGAAAACCAGAAGCAACAUCCUAUGCUAGAGCUACAGGCUUCAACCAACAUGCAGUUCAAGUCUUUUUUAAAAACCUCGAAGCUGUUUAUGAAAAAUAUAAACUCACUGCCGAUCGAGUUUGGAACGUCGAUGAAACUGGCGUAACAACUGUUCAAAAAUUACCGAAAAUUCUUGCUGAAAGAGGCAAAAAGCAAGUCGGUGGAUUGACAAGUGUCGAAAGAGGAGUUAAUGUGACGUUUGUUGCAUCAAUGAGUGCUAGCGGUAAUUUUUGGGCACCAGCUUUUAUAUUCCCCAGAAAGCGAAUAAAACCUGAAUUAAUGAACAAUGCACCCAGUGGUAGCCCCGCUUUUCCACAAGAUAAGGGUUGGAUGGAUCGUGAUGUGUUUUUACAGUUUAUUAAAUAUUUUGUCAACCAAACCAGACCGUCUAAGGAGCAGCCAGUUUUAAUUGUUUUAGAUGGCCAUAGUUCGCAUACAAAAAGUUUAAACGUUAUUGACUAUUGUCGCGAAAGUGGUGUCAUUUUAUUAUCUUUACCGCCUCACUGUACGCAUAAAAUGCAGCCAUUAGACGUUUCGUGCCGUUGCAGAAGCGUUCUCAAAACCAUCAAGUGUACAGAUUGCAAUAAACGGAAAAUCGGGAUAUGGCCCUUUAACAACGAUAUAUUCGAAGAGUGGGAGUUUGCUGCUUCAAAAACCACAGAAGAUCCAGAGUUUGAGAACCGGGAUUUAGAAAGGAAAAACGAAAGGUCUCCUAACUUAAAAGUGAACCCAUAUGAGAAUCCAACCCCUUCAACGUCAGGACAACAAAAUUUACAGAUGCACAGAAAUAAUCGUGAUUUACCGUUAUUAACUUUGGUAGCUAAUCAAAGCACCUCUAAGCCAAAAAAGGUAAAAAUAGUUGAUAUCAGUCCCCUUCCGAUAUCAAGAAAAUAA